UGUACUACUCUCAUCAAAGCAGAGACAGUGGUUUCUGUGGAUUCAUGGUUGGCGUAACGCAUUCGAAAUGCCGAGUCAAGAAAUAGUAACCUCAAAAGUAGUAGUACACCCAUUAGUGUUACUAAGUGUUGUGGACCAUUUUAAUCGAAUGGGAAAAAUUGGAAACCAGGAGAGAGUGGUGGGUGUGUUAUUAGGAUCAUGGAGAGCGAAAGGAGUUCUCGACGUCUCCAAUAGCUUUGCAGUUCCAUUUGAUGAAGAUGAAAAGGACAAAUCUGUCUGGUUCCUUGAUCAUGAUUACCUGGAGAACAUGUACGGCAUGUUCAAGAAAGUUAAUGCUAGGGAGAAGAUUGUUGGGUGGUACCAUACUGGACCCAAGCUACAUAGAAAUGAUGUUGCAAUCAAUGAACUCAUUCGGCGUUACUGCCCAAAUUCAGUCCUAGUAAUAAUUGAUGCAAAGCCAAAAGAUCUGGGUCUCCCAACAGAAGCAUACCGUGCUAUUGAAGAGGUUCAUGAUGAUGGUUCUCCAACAUCCAAAACAUUUGAGCAUGUUCCAAGUGAAAUAGGUGCAGAGGAAGCUGAAGAAGUUGGUGUGGAACAUUUGUUAAGAGACAUUAAAGAUACCACCGUGGGCACACUUUCACAGCGAAUUACUAAUCAGCUCCUUGGACUAAAGGGACUACACUCUCAGUUGAGAGAGAUACGUAAUUACCUAACCCAGGUUGUUCAGGGGACUCUCCCAAUUAAUCACCAGAUAGUCUACCAGUUACAAGACAUUUUCAAUUUGCUUCCAGACAUAAGCCACGGAAAUUUUGUGAAUUCUUUAUAUGUGAAGACAAAUGAUCAGAUGUUAGUUGUAUAUCUUGCAGCUCUAAUACGUUCAAUCAUAGCACUUCACAAUCUUAUCAACAAUAAGCUAACCAACAGAGAUGCAGAAAAGAAGGAAGGUAAAAAAGAUGAUGUGAAAGACAAGGAUAAGAAAGAUGAGAAGAGCAAGGAAGAUAGCAAAACGGAAAGUAAAAAGUGAUGUUUGUAGACUUUUAGUGUUGAUGAAUAUUUUGUUUGUCAACCACUUUGAAUUGUAUAGGACAAGUGUUCUCAUGUGUUAACAUGCAAGACUACAAACUCGCCAAUACUUAAAACUGAGUGACAUUUCAGUAGUGUCGCAUAACUGCUAUUAGCAUCGUGUGUGUUAUAACACUAUGAAGAGAUUAAAAGUCCAACAUUUUGCUAUUUAUUUUAUAACUAAAUGUUUUGGAUGUUCUGGCAGAUUUUAGUUGAUGAACCUUGGUGAGUGAAGCUAACAUACCUUUGUUAACUUUUUAAUGUUUGAUAUGACUAAAAUAUAACAUCAUUCACUAUGUAUUUUUGCAGGCUGAUGGUUCCCAGUAAAUGAUCUCUGAAAAAGUUUGUUCAUUUUGUGUCUAUUCUGGACCUCUGUAAAUUGUAUUACUGUUUGCACUGUUAAAAAUAAUGACAUUUAAUAAAGAAGAUCUAUGAAUUUGUACAAGUUAAAUUAAAA